AUGGCAUUGAGGAAUUUCGUUUUGUGUCUUAGCGUUGCCGCGGCGUUCGCCAUAAAGUUUGAUUUGAAGGAAAGAUCUUCGGACAACAAUCCUGAUGUGAACAGAGAAGACCUCGGCAUCAUGCAAGACGCGUGGGAGGUCAUUAAGAAUACUAAAAAUAAGGCAUACUAUAUGAUGUAUGUUAAUGAGUACGAAUAUAACUACAACAAUAAAAGAUGUAUACAUUUAAGGACAAGUGAUAUGAAUCAAACAUCGAAAACUGCGGUUUACAAUUUGACCUGGAACAUCUACGGUCGUUGGAGCAAAAUAAUUGAAGAGCAGGUAUCAUGGAUCAGUCAGGUAGCAGCAAUAAAACAAAAUAAUUAUUAUAUGGAAAACAUCAUCCGAUUUUGGUACCCCAACGCACCAGAUUACGGAAGCAGAACUGCAGAUGGAUCCUACAACUUAGUUGAUUACACCAAUUACCAAUGUGACUCGGGACUCCGAGAUCCUUUCUAUUUUUCCCAUGAUGAGGAAUAUUAUGAUUCAUACGUCGUAUUUAGUGAGCCAUCGUGUUAUAUUUUGAGGACACUAGAGCGCAGUGGAGUUUGCGAGUUCUGGCUGAGUGAAAUAUUGUUGAAUAAAACUUUAACAGAGCUACAGGCGGAACCACAACAAGAAGAGUGUGACAAAAACGAAAACACUAAGGACAGCAUACCUGGUGAAGACCAAUUGGAUCUUAAAUUAUUUAGGAAACUUCCCAGAAACUGCCGUGUAGCAUUUCUAUUGAGCUGUGGAGACCCGGAAACGCAAAUCUAUGAUAAGAUUAAGAGUGAAAAGGUCAUGAAAUAG